AUUCCUGUCCUCCUCACAAUAUUUCCCCUCUGCUUGCUCCCCCCUCAGAGAUGACGAUGGACGAGGUGCGCCAGUACGAAAGGGAGACGCAGGAGGCCACCAACGAGAUCGUCGGCACAGUGCUGCCUGCCGUCUCCAUCAGCGACGUCUGCCUGCCCUCCGGCACCCAGGGCACCACCUCCAGCGCCCCUUCCACGCCCCUCAGCGGGGACGCCCCGGACUUCCUCAGCGUGCCCAAGGACAGGCCACGGAAGAAAUCCGCGCCGGAGAUGCUGACGCUGCCCGUGCUGCGGGAGCGUGCCAAUGCGGAGUGACGGCCGACCCACCCCCAUCUCCGUUCCACGUCCCCCUUUCCCUGGUGAAGACUCCUGGCCCCCGCCCCUAUUCAUUUCCACAGAAGAUUUUACUGGACUUAAACCCAGGUGUGGACUUUUCACCUUGAGGUUGGAUUUUUUUAAAAUCCCCCUUUUUCUGGUAACCUGUCCUGUCCCCUCUCAACCCCAUGUGCCUCUUCUGGUCUGAGCUUGCCGCUGAAAGGCGUUUCAAGGACCCUCGGGGGUCGCUGGGAGAACUCGAAUCCGUCCAGCCUCCAUUCCUCUUCGCCAGCAUGCGAGCAUUGCCGAAUGCCCGACUCUUUCCUUGCUGGGAAUUCGCAGCCGAACCUCCACGCUUUGUUCUCGUGCGACAUAGAACCCCUCUGCCCUUUCCUGCCGAGCCUGGGGACUGUAAUUCUGUUUGGAGGGUAUUGCUCUUUUCUAGUACCUUUGCUGAACUACAGUUCCCAUAAUCCUUUGGAGGAAGCCAGAGGAGCUCCUUGGGGAUAAUGCAGGAGUGCUGCUUAGACCAGGUGGCUGUCUGCCAAUGCCGUUGCUUGUUCGAUCCACGGAGCCUGAAGCGGGAAGGCCCAUUUUUGCCGCUCCUCCUGAUUUGUUUUAGAGCGGGUUAUUAGCUCUGCGAAAGAGUCCCUUUCUUUGUAAGAGAGAGGUGUGUCCCCCCCCCCUUUUUUUUACACUGAAGUAUCAUUUAAGUGUUGCUGUGAUAUUUCAGCACAUGCAGUCCGUAGGGGCUUAUAUCUGCUGUGCUUGCUUUCAGAUCUCUGUCUGGAACGACAGAUGUGAACAGUGUUGUGGAUAAGGUCCUGUGUUGGCGGGGGGGGGGGGUGCUCUCUCUUCCACAGACUGGCCCCUUCUGAACGGGGCAAAAUCCCUAUUCUAUGGUAGGCCUUUUUUCCCCUUCAGAAAGGUAUAACACCAAGGUAGGGUGGAGAGAAAACGGCCGUCUUUCUCUCCAUCUGGGAAGUCAGGAUCUUCUCCACCUUGAGUACAGUAUGCGUUCCAUGAGCGGGGUGCAUAGGCAUAGAAUACGUCAGCAACGCAACGCAGGUGCCUUCAGGAGGUCCGCCAGCAGGGCCAGAACUCCAGGAGCCCUCCCACUGUC